CCGUCCAAAUAAAAUCUUCAUAUAAAUACAAACCAAUCAAACAGACUUUUUAAGGGUAUAAACAGAGUCUUCCUGAACUAUAGUAUAGCUCUGGCAAUAUCAAUAUAUAAUAUUUAUAUAUGGUUUAGUUUAGCAUAACUGAGUUGAAUCAUCAAAUAUAGAGAGAUCAGAACCAAUCAUGGAAGAAGUAAGAGAUUGUUGUUCAACAAUAAUAAGAAACAGAGGAAGCAAAAACAACAACCCUCAAGAAAAACACCACAAACAAAAACAAGAGAAACCAUACAGAGGAAUAAGAAAAAGAAAGUGGGGUAAGUGGGUAGCAGAAAUAAGAGAACCAAACAAAAGAUCAAGAAUUUGGUUAGGUUCAUACACAACUCCGGUAGCCGCGGCUCGAGCUUACGACACCGCGGUAUUUUAUCUAAGAGGUCCUACGGCGCGUCUUAAUUUCCCCGAAUUAUUGUUUCAAGACGAUGACGAACACAACAACGACGACGGUUCUAUUCAACAAGGUAAUAUGUCUGCUGAUUUGAUACGUAAAAAAGCUACUAAAGUCGGUGCUAGAGUUGAUGCUCUUCAAACAGCUCUUCAAGCUUCAUCUAUUUCUACUUCAGCUCAAUUUAACUCUGAUGUUAAACCAGAUUUAAAUGAGUUUCCAGAACCUGAAGAUUAUUAAUCUUUUUACUUUAAGGAUUAAUAUUCUUGAUAUCAAUGAUAUCAUAAUUUCUCUCUGUAAUAUUCUCUAUUAAUCCAUGAAUCAACGGCUAAGAUUUUGUUAUCAUGGGGGUUGUAACUUAAACUUCCCUUACUCUGUUUAUUUUCUUGUUAACAAGAAAUAGUAGAUUAUAGACCCUUGUCAUGAAUUAAUGUAACUUACUUUUAAUUAAGGCAUGCAAUUACUCUUCAUUAA